CACGAAUGGUUGUUACCACGGUACCGUAUACACCGCGUUAUAUGAUGGCUCAAACUAAGUUCGAUGCUUCAGAAUCAGUGAAGGUAGUAGUGAGAUGUAGACCACUUAAUGAAAAAGAGGCUUCGGAUGGUCACAAAAAGUGUGUGUUUGUCGAUUGUUCAAGUGGGACUAUCGAAGUUCGUAAUCCAGUUGCCAAACUGAAUGAUGAUCCAAAAAGAUUCAGUUUUGACGCUGUUUAUGAUGAAAGUUCGAAACAAAGAGAUUUAUACGAUGAAACUUUUCGGGACCUAAUUAACAGUGUUCUAGAUGGCUUCAACGGAACCAUAUUUGCUUACGGACAAACCGGAACGGGAAAAACCUUCACUAUUCAGGGCCUUCAGGAUGACCCGGAAUUACGAGGUGUAAUGCCAAACUCAUUCGUUCAUAUAUUUGACCAUAUAUCGAAGUCUAUGGAUGCACAAUAUCUUGUACGAGCGAGUUACUUAGAAAUUUACAAAGAAGAGAUUCGCGAUUUGCUUCGCAGAGACCAAUCAAAGCACUUAGAAAUCAGAGAAAAACCAGACAGUGGAAUAUUUGUAAAGGACUUGUCCUCUGUUCUUACCAAAAGUAUAGAUGAAAUCCAGAAGGUUAUGAAGAUUGGAUAUCAAAAUCGUGCAGUCGGAGCCACUAAUAUGAAUGAACACAGUUCGCGAUCCCAUGCUAUUUUUAUUGUGACUGUUGAGAGUUGCAAGACUGGAGCAGAUGGAGAAAAACAUAUACGAGUUGGCAAGUUAAACCUCGUUGAUUUGGCAGGUAGUGAACGCCAGUCCAAAACACUAUCAGAGGGAGAACGCUUGAAAGAAGCCACUAAAAUCAAUUUAAGUCUUUCCACCUUGGGAAACGUGAUAUCUGCACUGGUAGAUGGCAAAAGUACACACAUACCCUAUCGGGACUCAAAACUCACUCGUUUACUGCAAGAUUCUUUGGGGGGUAAUUCAAAAACUAUCAUGAUUGCAAAUAUUGGACCGGCGACCUACAACUAUGAAGAGACCAUAAAUACAUUAAGAUACGCUAACCGUGCUAAAAAUAUUAGGAACAAACCAAAAAUAAAUGAAGAUCCAAAAGAUGCCUUGCUGAGAGAAUACCAAGAAGAAAUCAAUAGGCUCAAAUCACUACUGAGAAACUGUGUCGCUGCCAUUCCAAAACAAUCUCAAAAAAAGAAUGGAAAGCAGAGAUCUCAACAAAAACAUAUAUUGUCGGAUGGCUCUGAAGCUAACAGCGAUAGUGAAGAUGAUGCAACAAGCAUAGAAAACUAUAUGAAGGAACAGCAAGCAAAACUAUUGGCUGAAAAGAAUGAAGUCUUAAACGACAAUUCACUUGUUGCAGAAGAAAAAUCUCGUAUGUUGAAUGACCUUAAGAUAAAAGAAAUAAAACUUCAGGAAGAACAAACAAAAACUCAACAGUUAGAGUCCAAAUUAAGAGCUAUGGAGAGUAAAUUACUUCGAGGUGAUCAAUCAAUCGUUGAACAUACUCGUAUGCAAGAAGUAACUUUAGCUCAACAACGGACACAAAUGGCUGAGCAAAAGCGUCGUGAGCGUGAAAUAGUAGCUCGUAUGGAAGAAGAAGAAGGGAGUAUGGCUAAUUUACAAGAAGGUUUCACGUCAUUAAAACAAGAAGUAGAAGUAAACACUAGAAAGUUAAAAAAAUUAUUUGAAAAAUUACAAGAAAUUAAACAGAAGACAUCUGAUAUACAGGAAGAACAUACUGUAGAACGUCAAGAACACGAAAAAAUUCAAGAUCAACUAACACGUGAAAUUAAAUUACAGUUGUUAAUUCUGGAAAACUUCAUACCAAUAGAAGAAAAAGAGAAAUUAGAAAAACGAAUUUAUUUUAAUGAAGAAACCGAAAGAUGGCAACUCAAACCACUUUUUCAGUCUAGUGAUGAUGGUACAAACCUAAAUAUUCCAUCCUGUAAACAAUCUGUUUGUCGUUAUGCACGUAUGGCUGCCAACUAUGAUCCAAACCCUAGAUUCCGAAACAAACAGAUAUUAACUUUGGAUAUGGACUUACCUGGACGUACUACAAGAGAUUAUGAACCACCACAAUUGGCUCCACAGGUGGUGGCUGCAUUGGAAGCUGCACUACAGGAUGAAGAAGAUUUAGAAUUGGAUGGAAGUCCUUCACUAUUUCAAUCUUCAUUGUCUAAAUUGAAGAAAUCAGAAAAACGAAUACAUAGUGGUGCAACACAAAAAGAUGAUACUCAAAUAUUUCCUCAAUCUAAAGGACUUGUACCUAAAUAAAAUAGAGGUUGUUCAAUCAAGAUUUUGUUCAUCAAACUUUUAAACUUUUGUUAACUAUUCAAUAUAUAUAACUGUAUAAAC